GGUCCAGUGCAGGUGCUGCCCUCCCAUGAUAGAGUCUAAACUAUGGCCUUAGCAGUAUCGUCACGUUUCUCGCUGCUCAAAGUAGAAGAUGACGAAGACAGCGAUGGAACAGAAAAUCAAAGAAAACCCCAGAGUGGAAAGUCACAAAAUCAAACACAAACAGCAAAUGCAAAGAAAAAACAGAAGAAAAAGAAGAAGAAUGACACAUCUAAAGCUGAAACCGACGAGCUCCGUAAUCUAGCUUUUGGUGGUGGAGCAGGCAAGCACAAACCUCAACAGCACCAGCAACACCAUGUAUCAGCAGCCCCGAUUAGACAGUGGGAAGAGUGGAGGAAUAAGGAUGAAGAGUUCGCAGCAGAGACAUAUGAGAAAGAACUUCAAGAAGCAUUACUUCAAAGCAGAUUGGAAUUUGAGGCAAAAAAAGAAUUUCUUAGAGCCACAGAUGGAGUAGGAGAUACAGACAAAGGCCAGAAUAACAAACCUAAGAAAAAGAAGAGAGCCAAUAUUCAACCAGUAAUGACACUUGAAGAGUUUAACAGAUCUAGAGGAGGAGGAGGGGAACAUAUCAAUGGGAAAACAUCAUUCUCAGCAUUAGAAGAAAUAGAAGAUAUUCCUAUACCCCUGGCCACCAGUGUGAAAACACCACCAGUAGCAGUUGAAGAAGAGAGAAAAUUUUUUGAUAAAGUAGAGCAAGAUGCAGGGAACAUCAUCAGGAAGGAGAAGAUACAAGAGGAAUAUAAAAAGCAAUAUGCUGUAGAAAAUGCCAUAUCUGCCAAAUAUCAAGAUGAACUGGAGAGCAAGGACAAAGAAAUCAUGAAGUUAAAGGCGACCAUACAAAACUAUGAAGAUGAACUUAAGCAAGUAAAAAAGAGGAAUAAACAAUUAUGCCACAUCUUGGGUCAAGGAGAAAUGAAAGGCAAGGCUGAGAUUCUAGUCCAACUUGACCAGCUAACUCAAGUCAAAGAUGAACUAACAGAAGAGGUGACAGAAUUAAGGGCAGAUUUAGAAAAAGAACGUUCCAAGGUCCAUGCUUAUAAGUCAGAGCUGGACAAGCUUAAGGGUAACAAACAUACACCACGGUGAAAACAUGGCAGAGAUAUCAUGUCUAGUAAACAGAAAAAGACUAUAUAGGGGGAUGGUGACUAAAUGGAGGAUGAUCUUGGAUGUCUCUAGACAUUGGAAACUUGUCAAAUAUUACAAGUGAAAUUCUGUAUUGUGGAAAGAAUUCGGAUAAAUCAGUUUACUGGGACCACUAAUUCUGAGCCAAGUUCUGAGGAUUAUAUCAGUUCUUUUUGGCACAAGUACAAGUUAUGUGUUAGAGUUAGUUAAGUUGUACAGCAGUUUCAUUUUUUUUUUGUUAUAAAUAUUGCUGCAGUCCACUUCAGUGAAAAAAUAUCAAAUUUUGUCUAUAUUUUAUGAAAAUUAUGUAGAUUGCUGAGCUACUAUACUUGAACUUUCAAGGCGAAGUUCUUUCAAGAUUUGCUGUGAUUUCAGUGAAGGAUGGUAGAGUAGUAAUAUUUUGGUGGCACAGUGCAUUUCGAGUCACCAACUCUUUUUGUCAAGACAGAGAGAUUAAUUUUUCUCAAACUGAAGUUGUGUUCACAAUGUAGGUGGAUUUAACCUUUUUGAUGCGACCCUUUUUUUUUUGGCAAUGUUCUUUAGUUUUGCUCACCAAAGGUGACAAAAGUGAUUCUUCCGUCUGCAGCCUCCCUCCUCAUAACUGAUUAUAGCAUGCAACAAGAUGUUUUCCUUUAUCAAGGGCCUGCAGAGAAAGGUAGUGCCAGUAAAGGUUGAUGUAUCUGCAGCGUGAGCACAUUAGUUUAAAAACAUUAAAACCAAAUUUUCUGUGGCAGGUUCAGAUAAUAUCAGUGAUCAUUCCUACUGUUGAAGUUAAAAUUCUGUCUGGCAUCUAUGCAGAGAUUUUAUGUGAGAUACAAAGAAAACUUGAUUUAAGUUGAUGAGUUUUUAUUUUUCAUCCUCAUUUGAAGCAAAUAUAUUUUUAUGUGCCAAGUAUUUAAUUAUCAAAUCACUU